AAUUCAAAAUGAACAAGAUCGCGAUCGUUUCGCUAGCUCUCCUUGCACUAACCAAGCUCACCUUCGGCACCAUCGUACCGCUGAAGGACGGUUCCGGUACUCAGAUUGGUCAGCUCGAGGACGAGAUUGGUGACGCACUGUUGGCCCUGGUUCGACUGCAGGGACAGUUCCAGGGUGGCUUGCGGGACGGUCAGUUUAAGUCCUCCUGGUUGGUGGCACGCACCGUGAAUGAAACCAUUGAAAUGUUGAACACUGUGGCCAAUUUAACGCAGACACUGCUCCAGCACUCCCAGUUCCAGCAGUAUCGGACGAUUACGUCGGCGAUCCGGAUUGUUCAUAACACGAGCACGAGGUUGGUUCUAGAACUGGAACGAGCUCUGCCAGUGAUUUCCGCUGGGGGGAAAUUUGACGUUCGAGCUCGAUCCAAACUAACAAGUGUUAAGGAAACCAUUGACGUCAGCUAUAAACUGAUUAAACAAUACUUUGAAGUAAUGAUUACAAAGUCUUGAGCAAUAAAUUUGGCA